AGUCUCUCUCCCCUUCGCGGCUCCCACCGCGUGCCGCCGCCCUACACCAGGUGCCCCCCACGUCUGCAUCGGGCCCGUCUCCGGCGACGAACGCCCAGCAGGGGGAGGAGGAUGGGCGAGUUCGACGACUACUGGGCGCGGGCGUACAGGGGCGACCCCGCGGUCCCGCACUCCGACCCGCAGCGGCUCAUCUCCACCUGGACCGGCGCCUUUGCCCUCGGCGCGGCCGCCUGCGUCCACCACCACGCCUCCGCGCUUGCAUCCCGCCUCAAGUCCCUACCGGCGACUUGGCAAGACAUGACAUUGGCCCUUGAUCAAAAGCGAUGGAAGAAAGCUUUUGAGAAAAAGCGGCAGCAACCUUAAGCUCAUUGUUCUUUCCAACUUCUUGGGCCAGUUGGAUGAGCACUGUUUCUGGUCAUCAAUUGUGGCGCAUGAAGCUUCAAAGUUCUCUCUAUAUACACAUGAUGUAUUGACUGAGGUUCUACUUUUGGUUUUCUUGUUUAGCGUUACAACUUUCUCAGUUUAUGCAUUUGGUCCAUCUCAGAUCAUCAGAUGACAUUCAGAAUGAUUUGUCUAUUCUCAAAAUCUCUAUUAUCUUUUUAA